CUCUGUCCUCUCACAAAUUCUCUCCCUUUCUCCUACUCCCCAAUGGCUUUCUCUUUCCCCCUCUCAAAUCUCAUCCAUCCAAGCCUCCGGCCCAUUGUAGCCCAGAUGACUCUCGUCGACGCUAUCUUGUUCUAUGUUUAUUGUACAUGUUGUGGACAAGUUGGGAAGUUGGCAUAAAUUGCCAGUUCUUCUGGGCGUAGCGUACCUCGGCAUUAGAAGGCACUUGCACCAACGUUACAACCUCUUGCACGUGGGAGGAUCCGAUAGCGUUGGUCGCACGUACGACAACGAGAAGUUCUCUUACCGGACAGCUGAUGGACGGUGCAACCACCCGUACGAUGAAUCUGUUGGUCGCCAAGGGACUUUUUUCGGCCGUAACAUGCCACCGUGCCGGUCCGAGUAUGAGUUGUUUGAUCCACAUCCAUCCGUUGUGGCCGCGAAGCUCUUGGCCAGGAAGAAGUUCAUAGACAAUGGGAAACAGUUCAACCUGCUCGCAUGCUCAUGGAUACAGUUCAUGAUCCAUGAUUGGAUUGAUCAUUUGGAGGACACCCAACAGGUAGAAAUCAACGCUCCAGAUAGUGUUGCAGAUGGAUGUCCACUGAAAUCAUUCAAAUUCCUUAAAAGCAAAGAAGUGCUGAAUGGUUCCUCUCAUGUGAAGAGUGGCUUCUUGAAUACAAGGACUCCUUGGUGGGACGGAAGCGUGAUUUACGGGAACAAUGCCGAUGGAAUGGGAAGGGUGAGGUCGUUCAAAGAUGGGAAGCUGAAAAUCUCCGGCAACGGGCUCCUCCAGCAUGACGAGAAAGGGGUCCCCAUCUCCGGUGACGUCCGCAACUGCUGGGCGGGCUUCUCCGUCUUACAGGCAUUGUUCAUCAAGGAACAUAAUGCUGUGUGUGACAUGCUCAAAAUGCAUUACCCCUACUUCGACGACGAAAGGCUGUACCAGCACGCAAGAUUAGUUACUUCGGCAGUCAUCGCUAAAAUCCACACCAUUGAUUGGACGGUUGAGCUUCUAAAGACAGAUACCAUUCUUGCAGGAAUGAGGAUUAACUGGUAUGGAUUUCUUGGGAAGAGAUUUAAGGAUCUUUUUGGGCACAUUUGUGGGCCCAUACUAAGUGGAUUGGUUGGCCUUAGAGAACCAAGAGAUCAUGGAGUUACAUAUUCUUUGACAGAGGAGUUUGUAAGUGUUUAUAGAAUGCAUUCGCUUCUUCCUGAUAAAAUCCUGUUAAGGAACAUCAAUUCAAACGUUUCAAAGGACGAGUGCCCACCACUUCUACAAGAGGUGCCUAUGAGGGAGAUGGUGGGGCAGGAAGGUGAGAAAAGGCUCACAGAAAUAGGAAUAGAGCAAAUGAUGAUUUCAAUGGGCCAUCAGGCAUGUGGGGCCCUUGAGCUUUGGAAUUAUCCAUCGUGGAUGAGAAACCUUGUGGCCCACGACAUAAACGGAGAAGAUCGGCCUGACCCAGUUGACAUGGCUGCACUAGAGAUAUAUAGAGAUAGAGAGAGGAGAGUAGCACGGUACAAUGAGUUCAGACGGAACAUGUUGAUGGACCCUAUUAGCAAAUGGGAAGAUCUGACCGAUGAUCAAGAAGCCAUCGAAGCAAUUCGUGAGGUUUACGACGAUGAUGUUGAGAAGCUCGAUCUUCUUGUGGGUCUUCAUGCAGAGAAGAAGAUAAAGGGUUUUGCCAUCAGUGAGACUGCCUUCUUCAUCUUCCUACUCAUUGCGUCAAGGAGGUUGGAAGCAGAUCGCUUCUUCACCACCAAUUUCAACUCCACAACAUACACCGAAGAAGGGUUGGAAUGGGUUAACAAUACGGAGACUCUGAAAGAUGCAAUCGACCGUCAUUUCCCACAAAUGACACAAAAGUGGAUGAAGUGUUCUAGUGCUUUUUCAGUGUGGGAUUCCAUGCCCGAUCCAAUGAAUGCCAUACCUCUUUACUUGCGUCUUGCUCCGUGAGAAGAAGAAUGUUUUGUUUUGUUUAAAUAAUUGUAUUUUCUCCUAUCAUAAGAAUGCUGUUAAAUAAGCUUAGGAUAGAAAAUGAAUGGUAUACCAACGUGCAUGUUCAACUAUAAUGUGUAAACAAAAAAAAAAAAAAACUAAUUUCUGAAAUGUAAUAUACCAAUCUAGAUGACUCUAAUUCUAAUGUUGGAACUCUCUCUCUCAUCCUACUAAA